AAGCGAAUGUGCCCGGUGGCCUCGCUUCGCUGGAUCGAGGAUGGGGGCAGCCCCUGCGCUGCUCUUUGCGCUGCUUCUGCGGCUGGGGUCCACCGCGUCGGGACUGAGGCUUCUCCUCAAUCACCCGCCAGUUUUCAAUUGCUCCCAACCGGGUCUACACUGCCUUGUGCAAAACAGUACCUGCAUGGAUCAGAGCUGGCUCAAAGUUUCAACCUGGACUCCGUCAGCCCCAAGUUCCCUUAAUGUCCAGAUUGGUACUUUCUUUGGCAUGGAAGGGAAACUGCUCCCUGUACUGCAGAUAGACUGGAAGGUGGCUACUGAUGGAAGCAUUCAGCAUCUCAAAGGGGUGGAAUUGUCAGUGCUGCAGGUGAACGUUAACCAGCAGGUCUGUGCUCAGUUCAACUUCCUGAAUAGCCUGUUAUUCCAAGUCCGUCCAAAUGGUGGAGGCCGGUGGAAUUUCUCUUUCAACCGCUUUGAAGUACAGCCAGGUCAGAAAUACCAUGUGACUAUAUAUCACUUGCCCAAAUUAAGUACUUCUGGAGACCAUAACCAGAAAUCCAUGGAAUUCACAGUACCAGACUGCACAGAUCCUAUCAUGAAAUCAACAACACCGUGCCUGCAAAUAGGCAGUCUGUGGGAGCCCAGAAUUGAAGGCAAACGCCUUGAUGACGGAUCUUUGUUAGUGAGCUUUAACCCAGCACUGGAAUCAGCCAGUUAUAUCAUCCACGUGACCAGUUAUCAAGAAGGGGGAAAAGAAUGUGAGAAGACCAUACAUAAAAUAUCUGAGGAGGUGUUGCCGCAGCGACAAAAUGUCACAGUCAAGCUGGAGAGAAUGGUGAAGAGUUGUUGCGAGUACAGAGUUCAGAUCCAGCCAUUCUUUGCAGUUUGUGCCUCAGAUUGUAUGAGGCAUUCAGUUUUCAUCCCAUGCCCCCUGCCUACUGUGCUGAGUUUCACUGAUGAGAAAAUGAAAGGAGAUGGUUAUCUUUCGGUGGCACUGCCCUGGGGCCUCACCCUCGUCUGCAUUUUACUAGUUGUAUCAGCUGUUGCUGUAGCAGUUUGCCUUGUUCGGAGGCCAAAAGCAGCAAAUGCAGGAACAGGCACCAGUGAUAAUACAGGUAAUGAUGACACGCUUGGGUCACAGCCUCUUCAACCCCUAAAGGCUUGUAAGAUUUGGAUUGUGUAUUCUGCUGACCACAAGCUCUAUGUAGAUGUUGUGAUGAGGUUUGCUGAAUUCUUGAUGACUGUCUGUGGUACUGAGGUAGUACUAGAUCGGCUGGAUGAGCGCCAGAUAUCUGAGAUGGGGCCCAUACGCUGGCUUACUCGACAAAAACAGGAAAUGGAAGAACUCUCUUCAAAGAUCAUUAUAUUGUGUUCCCAAGGCACUCGAGCUAAGUGGCAGGCCAUGCUGGGCCGUGGAGAGAGAGGUGUUUGUCUCAAACAAGAUAACCAUAAGCCGAUAGGGGACAUGUUCACUCCAGCACUGAAUCUGAUCUUGCCAGACUUUAAGCAGCCAGCUUGCUUUGGCAUGUACUUAGUCUGCUAUUUUGAGGGCAUAAGCAGUGAGAGAGAUAUUCCAGAACCUUUUAAUGUCACCUCCAAGUACCAACUGAUGGACAAGUUUGAGGAAAUUUAUUUCCUGAUUCAGGAUAUGGAAAAGUUUGAGCCAGGACGAAUCCAUCAGAUUCCAGAGAUUUCACGUGAAAAGUAUAUGGAAAGCCCCAGUGGCAGACAACUGAAGGAGGCAAUUCAGAAGUUCCAGAAAUUGCAGACCGAGGACCCUAACUGGUUUAAAAGGCAGAAUGCUUGCUCUGAGGAUCAUGAUGACCUACAGUCCCUGAAUGGGGAACUCUCUGAGGAAUUAGUAUCAGCUAAGGGAAGAAUUCUGAGACAACAACUACUUCUGCGUGAGCCUGACCCCAGUAGCUGUUGCUUGGUCAACCUCCUGGUCAGUGAGGAUGACUUGGGAGUCUGUAGGCUGUUACCCCAACCUCUACCAGAAGAAGAUCCAACAUUUCAAACCCUGGUUGUUCCUGCUGAUGAGACUUCUCAGGUUCAGAUGGUAAUGCCAAUUGUGCCUGUGGAAAAGAGAAGCAUAUUCAGCAAUCAACUGUUGCCCAAUGAAGAGUGGCUGGAAAGAGCACCCCUAUUAGAAACUAGCAUCCCAAGAAGAAACAAAGUCAUUAUUCAAGAUGACGUAUCUUCAGAUCCCCAGCCCCUGCCAGUUGAUGUGAGGCAGCAGCUGGAGGGAUUGAUGUACUCUGUCUAUCAACAAAGCAUCACCCCCUCUGAACUCUCUGUCUGCCAAGAAAGUGUUAAUGCUCAGCAGCAGCAGCAGCUAGAUUUUGAUAAUUCUUGCAAAGAUCAACGACAGUCAGUGCAAUCAGACCAGGGAUACAUCUCCAGAUGUUCCCCUUUGCUUUCUGAUGGACCUAUGGAGAAGGAGGAAGUCCAAGAACAGGAAGGACAUGGGUCUGCUGGGUACCUCUCCGCAGACAUCUUGGACAGUCUAAAACAUCUGCAGCAGGAGCUGCUUUUCCAGGAUAUUCAGCAGAACUUCAGCUAGGGCCCCAUGGGAGAGAGGAUGAAGUUGGUCUGGCUCUCCACACAGAACCUGUCCUGUGUUCACCAAAAAGGAAGGGUAUAUUGGAUAGAAUGCAUACAUUUGAGAUGUCUUCUCUCAAACAACCGUCCUAUAUUUUUAUGAAGUCUAACAGAGAGGAGAGCUGACUGAGAACAUCCAUUUGGCUACAGGGCUAAAUUUCUAAGCUAUCUAUCCAGUCUGCUUAUAGUAUCCACUGAAGCAUUACUGUGUGAUGUCAGAACAAUAAACAUUACAUCUUGCAGAUUAA